GAUGAAGUGAAGGAAGCUCAUAACCGUGAAGUUGUAAAAUCGGUUCAUGAUCAAGCUACCGAAACAGCCAAGAAGGUGAACAUCAUAAUGUCGAAGUCACAGGAACUCAAAGCUCUCGGGUUGUUUCCCAAGGUGGCUGGUCUAGCCCGUAAAGUGCAUGAUAGCACAACUUUGCAGGAGAAGUUUGAGAAGACUGUUAUAUAUAAACGUGGUGAAGACAGUCAAAAACGGCGCCUCAAUCAAUGUGUUCCUACCUGCUGGAACUCUGAUUUUGCGUGUCUCCACACACAUCUCCAAUUCAAGGAGGAGGUCCAGUUAUUCACAACACAGAUCAAUUUACUAGACUAUGCUCUUACAUCUGCACAAUGGAAACUAGCUGAUCACUUGGUGCCCGUCCUUGAGAUUUUCAAUGAGGUCACAAACUUAUUCUCGAAGGCUAAUGUGCCAUUGAUUUAUGAAGUCAUCCCCAUGCUCAAACAUCUCGAGCACGCCCUCGAUCAGAUCUACAAUGCAAAGGACGAGCCCCCCGUAAUUUGGAUUGCUGCACAAGCAGCUCUGCAAGUUGUAGGCAAGUACUAUGCACUCACUGAUGACAAUGAAGUGUGUCACAUUGCAAUUAUAAUGUGCCCAGAAAAAAAGCUCAAAUGGUUCAAAAAAAACCUGGACUGGCAUGAGAGGGACCACAUGGAAGCCAAGCGGAUUGUUCAGCAACGCUGGGAUGAGUCUUACGCA